AUGUUAAGUGAACAAGACAUGAACCAAGCUUCUUAUACUUAUCCUGAUCCUCCUGAAGGUGAGCCCGAGAAAUACUUUGCAUAUCAUACCCUUUCUGGUUUUCUUCAAGCAAAAUCAGAGCAAUUUGAAAAUAAUGCCAGUGUGGAAUUUCAACUUGACGAUGAUACAUGGAAAUCCUUAGGUUACGGUCAAUUAGACUGGCUUACUUCCAGACUGGCUUAUACUCUCUACAAGACAAUGCAAGAACAAUCCCAUUUUGUGCUGACCAAAGAUAUCACUGUGGGUAUCAUGCAUUCACACUGUGUGGAUUUUUUUUUUGCUUUAAAUUCCGCAGAAGCCGCAGAGAGCUUAAUUGGCAUGACUCAAACCAAGGUCGUAUUUGCUGGUCAUUUGUAUGCUGAUUUGAUUUCAAGUGUGCCUGUUUAUCCCUUUCCUAUUUUGGAUCACUCAGCCUUACUUGAACCUACGACACAGGAACAAGAAAUGGCCAUGAUGGAGAAAUUCAAGGUCCAUACAGCAGACGAGUUAGGAAACACGGGCGUCAUUGUUCAUAGUUCAGGAACAACUGCUUUUCCAAAGCCUGUUCAUUUAAACAACAGAUACAUGUUGUUUAUCUGUCAAGCUGUCAUUGUCAAUCACCAAUCAAGAAAUCAUCUCGGUGUGUGUCCUACAGAAAAGUCUAAAAAUAUGUGCAUUUUUCCCAUUUUUCAUGCAGGAGGUGUGAUCAAUGUGUUUCGCUUCUUUAUUGUUGGAGGAUGCCACUCUUAUUUGAAUCAUUAUUCUGCUUCUUCUAAAGCCAUAGUUAAGUAUAUCAAGCAGGAAAAAGAAGUAGCAGUGACUGCGCCUCUUUGGAUUUUAGAGAAACUUGCUGUGUAUAAGAAGGAAACAAACGAUAUUGAAUCUUUUCAAAAGAAUGUGAUUUUCUUUGAAACUGGAGGCUGUGUCAUUCCACCUUAUUUGUUUCAAUAUUAUAAGAAACACAACUUGAAACUUGGCACUAUUUAUGGCAUGCCUGAAUGCCUAUUUUUGAUGGUGAUCAAUUUCGAUGUCGAUGAGCAUGAUGACGAUGUACUCUUCCUGGUAGCUUCUCAAAGAAAGUAUUGUUAUAUGGAACCUUUUGAUGAUCAAAGAGUUCAAUCAAUUGUUAAGGCGAACUGUCCUUACCUUGCCACGGGUGUUUCAAACAGAGAAAAUGGAGAUUAUGCUACUAAGGAUCUGUUCUAUAAGAGCAAAUAUCCAUAUGGGUUUUGUUAUAGUGGAAGAGCAGACGAUACUCUGAUCAUGGCCAAUGGUGAAAAGACAAACCCUGUGCCUAUGGAAUUAGCCAUUCGAGAAAGUCCAUUUGUUUCUCAAUGUGUUGUCUUUGGCCACAACGAGACAUUUACAGGUCUCUUAGUUGAAGUGGGUCAAGAGUUUGCCAAAGGAUACGAUAAACAAACGAUUUUGGACUCAGGUAAAUUGAGCCAUGAUAUGGUUCUGCCUGAAAUGACUGCAAUUCUUCCCGCUGAUCGUCAUUUGCCUGUGACCGAUAAAGGCUCGGUUUCUCGCUCCAAGGUAGACACUCAGUUCAAAGAUGUCAUUGAGACAUUGUACUCGCAUCUGUUUGACAGUAAGGCAGCACCUUUGAAUGCUAAGGACUUUUCCAAAGAUGCAUUUGUGACUAGUGUAUGCGGUUGGGUUGCUGACUUGCUCAACACUCGCAUGGAAUCAAUUGAUAUAGAAAGAUCUUUGUUUGAUCAAGGGUUUACUUCAUUAACAGCUAUUCAGUUAAGAAAAAAGAUGGUGCAAGGAGUUACUUUUGUACCUCAAGAAUUUAUUUAUGAGCAUACCUCUAUCUCAAGCAUGAUUGAUGCCGUCGUUGGUAAGAAGAUUGAAAAAACCGAUACCUUUAAGACAACCAAGACUAUCCUUGACAGAUUUAUCGAGCGCGCUAACAAGGACAUACCCAAACAAGGAAAGAGACAUGUUGUACUUUUGACAGGAGCUACUGGACCUUUGGGCGCUUUCUUGUUGCAUGAUUUAUUACUAAAUACAGGCUAA